AAUUGACGCUUAUGGUUUUGUGGUCUAGGGUCACAAAUACUGAAAUCUGCAAAAUAACCCCAUUAGCUAAUGAAAAAACGCUUAUCUCCGCUAAAAUAUCCCACUUUAGGCUAUAAAUGUUUAUAUUUCCUUUUAUUAUUUCUCGAAUAUAGAUCAGUUGGUUAAUAGUUACAGUAUUAAAAUGAAAAACACAGCACUGAGACACUCACAUCUUCGUAUCAGUUAAAAUUACGCAUAAAAUCACAAUUUAGUAGCUGCUAAUGAGGAACGCCACAUAUUUCUAAUCAUCGUUUUUUUAAGUCUUGACUUCUGAUAUAUUUCCACGACAGAAUGAUAAACGACCAAGUUUUCCAAGUUUUCUUUCAGGUGCAGAUUUCAUAUAAAAGCAGAAGUCCGUCGGAUGUCCUCAUUUAGCCAUCGAGGUGUGUGUGAGCGCUCAGUGUAUUUCUAUGCGAGUAUACGCGUGUGUGUGUGUGUCCGUGUUUGUGUGCUGUAUGUGAGUAAGUGUGUGUGUGUGUGUGUGUGAUCGCUGGGUGGAGCAGCAGUGUACGGCAGGUCUCGUCUCCUCUCUCUCGGUUGAGCGGCUCAUUGCGGCGGCUGGAGAUCCAUCGAGCGGCAGCGGCGGCGGAAUGUCGCUCCGGCGUCCGUGUGCGUGAAGAGCAGGUGGCAGUUGGAGGAUGAUGAUGAUGGAGGAAUCCGACAGCAUCCCCUGCACCGCGGAGGACGGACUCCUGUCGAGCUGGAGAUGGAACAGAACCGCCAGGGAUCAGGUCCAGAUCAAGCAGAAGAUCAGAGAUCUGCCCGGAUUAUUAAAACACGGACUGAACCUGCGCAAAAAGAGCCAGUCACCCGACACCAUCCCCGGACCCAGCACGGGCGUCACACCCAAACCUAAGACGUGUUCUCAGAGUUUUCCCUGCGCUGGACGAGCAUUGAGAAACGCCUUUCUGUCUCAUGGACCGUAUCCAGCAAAAGACAAGAUCCACCUCGCCAGGAUCAUCAGGAGGAGUUAUGUUGGUGUGGAGUUGGUCCAGUGGCUCCUGGAGCAGUGUGUGUCAGUUCAGUGCCGGUUAAUGGCGUCUCGUGUCUGGCAGGUGCUGUUGGAGCUGGGAAUACUACACUCAGUCGACCAGCGGCUGGUGUUUGAAGACUCCAACACGUACUAUCAGUUCUCGUUCGAGGAGUGUGACGCUCAGGGCUGCGAAUUUCGCAACGAGGAGGAAUGGCAGAACGGCGUCCGUCUUCUGCUGCAGCUCGUGCCCUACGUCCAGUUCAGGGUCGUCAGUCCACCCGAGGAAGACCCGGAGAGGAAGCGUGAUAUCUGCAGCGAGAUCCUGCAGAUGAAGGCUCUGGAGAGACUCACGUCCACGGUGCAGAAUGAACUCGCUGCUGCUCUCGCCAGAAAAGCCAAGAAGUCAAUGUCAGAAGACGAAAGCUCAGAGGCAUCAGAUGUUUCUCCUCAAGAACCACCCAAACCCACUGAAGACAAAAGCAAGCAGGCGGGCGUCUGCGCUCUCCGGGCUCCGGAUGACUUCUCGCGGCUGGAGAUGGUCCAGCGUCUGGCCAAAGACGGCUAUCGCUUCCUCCAGAACCAGAACUACCGGCUCCCGGAUCGCUCCGCUCAGGCGCAGGGCGAGGGCGUUGUGCGUGUCUGUCUGAAGGAGAGGGGUCAGGACGUACUAGUUCUCCAGAGAGUCCCAUCAGAUCCAGCAUCUCCUCAAACGGCAGGUGUCAAAGACGAGGACGGAGAUAAGAGCAGCACGCGGGUGCCUGUAAUGGACCGACAGACUUUUCUGAAACUCAGACCCGUCACGCUGGUGCAGGCAGAGGAGGAUGACUAUGAUGAUGAAGACUGGGAGUACAGCAACAGUCUGGAGGAUGAGGAUGAGAUUCCCACGUUUGACAUUCCUCAUUUUCGUUACAUUGACGACGAUGAGGAUGAUGAGGAGGAUGAUGGUUAUGUUAUUAACAGGCAGCACUGGAGCUGUUCGACGUGUUCCUCGUCUGAGGACGAGUACCCAUCCGAUUCUUCCUCUUCUGCUCUGUCCCGCAGGUACGUGGUCGUGUCCGGGACGCCCCAUAAGAUCCUGGAGCACCUGCUGAGCGACCUGCGUCUGGACGAGCACCAGGGGGCAACGGAGGGCAAAGAGGCGGAAAUGCUUCUGGACGACUUCCUGUUGACGUAUCUGGUGUUCAUGUCCACCAGUGAGCUCUGCCAGGCCCUGCUCGGACACUACUGUACGAAGCGCUGCCGAGGGAAGGAGGAAGGAAAGGAGGCCCUCUACAGGAAGAGGAAAGUACUGCACCUUGUCUCUCAGUGGAGCACGCUCUACAAGGACUUCCUGCGGGAGGAGGAGAACGUCAAGCUCUUUAUGAAGACGUUAUAUCGAUACGUGUUGGAAGACGUUUAUGAGUUUCCCACGCUGGAGAAGGACCUGAAGGAGUUCCAGAAACUUCUGCGACGGAGACAUACGGUGGACGACUACUCUCCACACCAAAAGAGUAAAGCGCUGUACCAGCAGCUGAGUCUGAAGGAGAACUGCGUUCCUCACCGAGCAUCUCCAGUCGAGAGUAAAGACGUGAUGUGCCGCGUGUACGUGAGCUGUGAUUCGUAUCUGAGCAUGCGGGUGAAGCCGGCGGUCGUGGCUCAGGAGCUGCUGCACAUCGUCUCUCAGCGGAUGGACAGAUCUGAGGACGACAUGAUGCUGGUGGCGCAGACGUACAACGGAGAGAAGCGCGUCCUUCAGCCGCACGACAGUAUUUACUCUGAGUCUCUGACGGCGCCCGGCAGACUGAUCGCCUGUCGGAGAGACCUCAACGAGAUCCUGCCGCCCCUGACUGAAUGUCCCGAGUUGGGACAGAAACCCGUCAGACUGCUGGGCAUCAACACGUGGGACGUGGCCGUGGCUCUGACAAACUUCGACUGGAAUCUUUUCAACUCCAUCCAUGAGCAAGAGCUGAUCUUCUACACGUUCAGUCGUCAGGCGAGCAGUGGACACACGGUGGCGCUGGAGUUCCUGCUGCAGCGCUGUAAUGAGGUUCAGCAGUGGGUGAUGUCAGAGGUGCUGCUCUGCCCGUCGCUCGGAAAACGAGUGCAGCUCCUCAAGAAGUUCAUCAAGAUCGCCGCGCAUACGAAAGUUCCUGGAAAGUUCAAGAAGCUUUUCUCUGAGCUGGAGCUGUUGACUGAUCCGUCCAUGAAUCACAAAGCCUACAGAGACGCUUUCAAGAAAAUGAAGCCGCCCAAAAUCCCCUUCAUGCCUCUGCUGCUCAAAGACAUCACCUUCAUCCAUGAGGGAAACAAAACAUUUCAUGAUAAUCUGGUGAAUUUUGAGAAGCUGCACAUGAUCGCAGAUACGGUCCGACUCAUUCGCCACUGUCAGACGGAUCAGACAGGUCAGACUCUUCUCCGAUCGCUGCUCCAAUAAAAUGUGCAUAUUCAUAUU